GCCUCGGUGCACAUGCGCGCUGAGGGCAACAGCUGAACAGUCCUGCAGGCACGCGCGGCAUGAAAGUAACAGUACUUUUAUGGGAACAACUCACCGACCCCCCCAACCAACAAACCAACGGUCAGUCGAAAGCAGCUAGUGGACGCUUAUCACCGACUGUAUUCACUGCUCUGAGUUUGACUUCUAAGAGUGUUUUCACUCCUCAGAGGGACUUUUAAACCCAAACUGGAAGCACGCUAAAAAGGCAAAAUUCUAACAGAGCCUCUGAGUCAGCUUGUCAUUGUGGCACAAACAUGACCGAGGUGGCACAGUUUGCAGCCUUGGAUGCUCAGGACAGUGAGGAAAACACGGAGGAAUAUGGGCAAGAAGAAAAUGAUGCUGAAGAGAGAAGAGAAAGCGAAAACACUGAACCUCACCACGUGGAGGAUAAAACAAGCGAUGAGACUGAGGAGACACACGUUAAUGGUGUGGAGAACAAGCAAAAUCGUACCAGAAGGGAGAGYAAUGACACAUCAGAGGAUGUUAAUGGAGUUUCACCGAAGGAGAAUUCAGAAUUUGAAGCAAAUGACACUGAGAAUAUUUCUGAUGUGGCACUGAAGAGAGAGAAACUGCUCAGAUCCAGAAAGCCCGUGGCCAGAAGCUAUGUGCCAAAGCUAGACAAGAAYAAAGGAGAUGUGACGAGCAAAUUUGAGGCCAUGCAGAAGGCCAGGGAGGAGCGCAGCCGGCAGAGGAACAGAGAUGAACAGCAGAAGAGGAAGGACCAGUACGUCAAGGAGAGAGAAUGGAACCGCAGAAAGCAGCAGAUAAAAGAACUACUCGCUUCCAGUGAUGAGGAAGAGGAUGUAAAGACGAAAAAGGUGGAGAAGUCUUACGUCCCCAAAAUCACAGGUAGUGUGAAGGGGAAGUUUGCAGAAAUGGAGAAACAAMGACAAGAGGAGGAGAGGAAGAGGAUGGAAGAAGAGAGGAAAAAGAGAGAGGCCCAGGACAACAUAGAGAAAGCCAAAAUCAAGAAAGAACUUGCUCAGAAAGCAGCUGAGGAAGGCGAUGACACAAUCUUAGUGCGCGUGGUUCCAGCGAAAUCGUCACGACCUCCUGGGAAAAUCAAGAUGAACUUUGAGGACAUUGAGAAGAACCGAGAGGAGGAACUGAUGAAGAGAGCAGAGGAGGAGAAGAAAAGACGAUAUGAUGAAAACAGACGCUCCUUCAGGGAAGCCAAGCGACGCUCUGUUGUUCAGCAGGAUGAAGAGGAGAAGCCCACAGAGAAGGUGUCUGCGGCUCCUGGAAAACUGAAGCUGACCUUUGAGGAGAUGGAGAGGGAGAGGCAGGAGCAGAGGAAGAAGCAGGCUGAGGAAGAAGCCAAACGACGCCUGAUAGAGGAGAAAAAGGCUUUUCAGGAGGCCAAAGAGGGAAUGGAAGAUGAUGAGGACAGCUCUCAGCCAGCUGAGGAUGACAAAGAGGAGUUUCGUCCUGGAAAACUGAGACUGAGCUUCGAGGAGCUGGAGAGGCAAAGAGUAGAAGAAGAGCGCAAAAAAGCAGAGGAGGAGGCCAAGAGGCGAAUGGAAGAGGAGAGACGAGCUUUUGCUGAAGCCAGGAAGAGCAUGCUUGUAGACGAGGACGAUGAGGCCCUGAUGGCCUUGCUGAACCUGGAGGGAAAUAAGCCGGGGAAAAUUUGCGUCAGUUUUGAGGAUCUGGAAAGACAAAGACGUGAGGAGGAGCAGAGAAAGGCCGAGGAGGAGGCCAAGAAGAGGUUGGAGGAGGAAAAGAGACUCUUUGCUGAGGCCCGCAAAAGCAUGAGCCCUGUCCUGGAUGUGGAAAAGUUCUCAUAUGGAGAUGAAACAGUGCCGGAAGAUGACGAAGAAAUGAUGAGGAGUGAUUCUCAGGAGGCUCUGCACCCCAGAAAAUUAGAGAUCAACUUUGAGGAGCUGCUAAAGGAGAAGGAGGAGGCCGAGAGGAGACGCAAGGCGGAGGAGCGUAAGAAGAAAUUGGAGCAGGAGAAGCAGGAAUUUGAACAACUUAGACAAGAAAUGGGCGAGGAGGUGAUAAACGAAAGCUCAGAUGUUGUGAGCAAAGAAUACGAAGAGCUGACAAAACUGAAGAAAACUGGCUCCAUUCAAGCCAAAAAUCUCAAGUCUAAAUUUGAGAAGAUCAAACAGCUGACGGAGGAGGAGAUUCAGAAAAAGAUUGAGAUGGAGAGAGAGCGGAGGAAGGCCAUCGAUGAUGAAAUCAAACAGAGAGAAGCUGAGCGGUUCCAGGAGGAGGAGGAUGAGGAUGGAAGGGUAACAACUCCAGUGAGGCUUGAGGAGACGCCGUUCAAACAAAAGGUGGACAUGAAAGCUCGAUUUCAACAAAUGGCCAAAGCCAGAGAGGAAGAAGAACGGAGGAGGAUAGAGGAGCAGAAGCUCCAGAGAAUGCAGUUUGAACAGCAAGAGAUCGAUGCUGCUCUCCAAAAGAAGAAGGAGGACGAAGUGGAGGAYGAGGGUAGCAUCAUCAAUGGCACUGCAGCUUACGAAGAUGAUGAAGAUCACGCWCGCUCAGGGGCUCCGUGGUUCAAGAAGCCGCUUAAAAAUCAGUCGGUGGUGGAUUCUGAGCCAGUUCGGUUCACUGUGAAGAUCACCGGGGAGCCAAAGCCUGAGGUGACCUGGUGGUUUGAGGGAGAGAUGCUCCAGGACUGUGAGGACUAUCAGUAUAUUGAAAGAGGAGAGACGUACUGCCUCUACCUGCCGGAGACCUUCCCAGAGGACGAGGGAGAGUACAUGUGCAAGGCUGUGAACAGCCGGGGCACAGCAGCAAGUACCUGCAUCCUCACAAUAGAAACUUAUGAUUACUGAUGCUCCUUCGUGUGCAGAAGAUUGUUCCUUGUCGUCUUUCAGUCUUUUUGUAAAACUUCAUUUAUUGUGCUCAGAGGUAAAACGGGAGAACAGUAYGCCUGGCAUUCCUAAGGAAGGAAAAACACUCAGACAUACAAACACAAAAAAAUUCAAGGCAUUGUUUACAUGUUGCGCAAUCAUAAAGCUGCGCUCCCUGUAAGAAUGUUGGAUAAUACCUGUGCCAAAACUGACAGAUUCCUGUUCCUGUGCUAAGGAUUGCACUAAACAUUAAAAGUAUAUUUGCUGUAAGGCCCUAACAGUUUUCAUGACACCAGCAAUUUCURAAUGUUAAACUGCGUUGUAAAUAUCACAUUGAGUGGUCCAUAAAACAGCAAAUGGUAUGCUUGAAAUAUAAAAACUCCAAUAAAUCUGUGUGUUAACAAAAGUAUUAUAAUAUUAAAAAUUGCAUGUA